AUUCCCGAGAAUGAUAUUUAACAGUGAUACACUGUAGACUUUUGUGCACAUUCCGGCGAUGGAAUUUAUUGAGAUCUGCUGUUGACGUGUGUAAUCCUUGCAUACCGUGUUCUGGUGAUGGAAUUUAUUGUGCUUCCCUGUAGACUUUUGUAGUUUUUAUCCUGCACGCUCCGGCGACGGAAUUAUCCGAGUCAGAAAUGCUCUGCUUUAAACUUUUUUAACAUUUGUACCAAAUAGUAUAUUUGCGACUAUAGGCGAUAUGGCGAGUGACAGUGAAGGCGAAGUAGAUUUUCCACGUAAUGUCGAGCAGGUACAGAUGUGGGCAUCCACAAUGAAGCUGAAUCCAAACACAGCUUCCGAAUUAAUAAGACUUGGCUUCGAUUCUAUGGAAGCGAUUUCAUUGAUUGAAAAAGAGGAUAUGCCAGCUUUUAAUAUUCCGCUUGGGCAGCAAAAAGUGUUGAUGCGAGCUGUUGGAAAAACUUUCAAGGACGGUCGCGCUGAAGCUGGGAAUAUGGCGGACACGCACCCUUACGGAAAUGAAAACAAAGCUACACAGAGAACUUCCGCUAGGAUACAAAAUGGCGGCACCAGCAACCAAGAUGGCGACGGUGUAAACAACAAAGAUGGCGACGAUGUAAACAACAAAGAUGGCGGCGCCCAUACGUCAAACCCCCGAUCGGAGAAUGCCUAUGUGCAAGAGAUCCUAAAGAUGAUGUCGAGGGAGAAGAACAUUACAGGACAAUUUGUGAAUGACUCUCAUAAUUCUUCCACAGGCUCACUGGUAUCGAGGGAGGUGAGAUCACUGGAUAGUAUUGUUGCUAACUUUAGAUGUCAUUCUUAUGCUGAAUCUACCAAAAAGACAUAUUUAAACUAUUUCAAGUCAUACGCAGAAUUUUGUAGAAGAUUAAAUAUUACCCUUGUUCCAUUAAGUCCUAUGAAUUUAGCCAGAUAUGUAGCCUAUUUAUCUUCAAGGUUACAAUUUAAUUCCAUAACAAAUUAUUUGUCAAUUGUGCGGUUGCUACAUUUAGAAUCAGGAGUUGCAUCUCCGAUAGAUUCCUUUUUUAUGGAGUCAGUACUCAAGGGUGCUAAACGUGUGUUAGGUGCUGGCAUACAUAGAAAAUUGCCUAUUACACCAAAAAUUUUGAAUGAGAUAUUUACUUUACUGUCAGUCAGCAGUAGUAAGGACUUGUGUUUUUGGGCAGCCUGCUUAGUGGCUUUUUUCUCCUUUUUAAGGAAGUCAAAUUUGUUUGCCCCUUCAAUUUCAGCUUUUGAUCCUUUGCGACAUUUUACUCGUGAGGAAAUCCAUUUUCACUCAGAUGGUGUCUGUUUAAAAGUACGCAAAAACCAAAACAAUUCAAUUUUCAGAGCGUAUAUUAGAAAUUCCCCUUCCUAGAGUGAAGAAUUCUCAUUUAUGUCCCUCUAAGGUGCUUCUUUUAAAUUUUAAACAGGUGCCAGCAGUGUCAGCCCCCUCACCUGUCUUCCUGUAUUUAGUACGAGGCAAGGUUACCCCUCUUACAUAUACAGCCUUUGUAAAGAUGCUAAAACAGAACUUAUCUAGGUUGGGUUAUGACAGCAGCAAAUAUUCGGGACAUAGUUUUCGCAGAGGAGGGGCCUCCUUUGCCUUAGAAUGUGGGGUUCCAGCUGAUCUCAUACAAUCACAGGGUGAUUGGAAAUCUAAUGCAUACAAAUCAUACUUGGAUCCUUCUUUUGCACACAGACAGGAAGUCAUGGACAAAUUUGCAGUUGCCCUGGGGAAAUAAUAAACCAUUUAACCUACCUUCUACUGGUUACACCACACAUGUUUGGGAAGUUUGGAAUACCA